CCAGCUUCGUUUUAUUUUUUAAUUUUCAUUUUAUAUAACUUAACUCAGAUUCGGACGAAGAUCCAAGCUCUAUCUCGACUUUCCUUCCCCUCGCCCUCACACACUGUCUCCUCUUCUGCUCUCCUCCCGUGCCGAUCCGUGUUGUGUGCAAGUGUGUCAAGCUUUUCAGUGUGGUGGGCUGCGGGCUGUGCCGGGUGCGCAGAGACCGUGCGCUCCUAGCGGCAGCAGCGCUGUUGAAACCAAGAGGCAGAAAGAGAGAAGGAGGAUGUUGAACUGACUUUGUAGUAUGACUGUACAUUUACAGCGCUAUAUGCCAGGCUAAGCACAUGGGUCUUUUGGGAGCUGGUUUCCCUGUCUAAUAAAACAACUUUUUUUGGGAAUGCAUUAUACUUGAAGGCUGGUUUGCUGUCAGAGUAUCAGCCGAGCCAUGUGUUGAACUGUGGAGGACAUCGCUGAAGAUUUGAGAGGUGCCAGAGACGCGUCUCAAGGAACCGAGGACCUGCCGGAGAAGUGCAUAGCCUAUAUACGUUUUCUUUUCCAGCGUGGACUUCCAGUUUCCUCACCUGACUGGCUUCUGUGGUUUUCAUCCUCUACAGUAGGUCGUCUUGGAAAAAUAGCAGAGAUUGCGGAUGAACUCCGGGGGCAAGCGGGGAUAACACUCACAGACCGAGAGUUUGGGUAGCCUAUAAGGUUUGCUGGAUAUUUACACCCCGAGCUGCUCCGGGUGACCUACUGUUAAAUGGAUCCUCUCUGUUUCUGGACAUUGAAACUGGCUUUGGUCAGUGAGUAGGACCCCCCCUCCAUAACUCCCAGAAACACGGAAUAGACUUGGCUGUCAUUUCGGACAUAUUUUAUUUCUGCAGUGAAUUCGAGGAUUUGCGCGCCCGCCGUGGAUGUUUAAUAUGCUAGUAUGGGUCCGCUAGCGUUCAUCCUUGUUGGUGGAUUACUGUAUUUUCAAGCUGAUGGAUCCCGUCUGCGCCAGGAGGACUCCCCACCCCGGAUUGUGGAGCACCCCUCUGACCUGAUUGUAUCCAAAGGGGAGCCCGCCACUCUCAACUGCAAAGCAGAGGGGCGGCCGACCCCGACAGUGGAGUGGUACAAGGAUGGAGAGCGGGUGGAAACGGACAAAGAUGACCCACGUUCUCACCGCAUGCUGUUGCCCAGUGGCUCGCUUUUCUUCCUGCGCAUCGUUCACGGACGUCGGAGCAAACCAGAUGAGGGAGCCUAUGUCUGUGUGGCCCGGAACUACCUGGGAGAAGCUGUCAGCCGCAACGCAUCUUUGGAAGUAGCAUUGCUGCGAGACGACUUCAGACAAAACCCUACAGAUGUGGUGGUGGCAGCAGGAGAGCCAGCGAUCCUUGAGUGUGUUCCUCCCAGAGGCCAUCCUGAACCCACCAUCUACUGGAAGAAGGACAAAGUGCGAAUUGAUGACAAGGAUGACAGGAUCACCAUUCGAGGAGGGAAACUUAUGAUCUCCAACACAAGAAAGAGCGACGCUGGCAUGUACAUCUGUGUGGGCACCAACAUGGUCGGAGAAAGGGACAGCGAGACAGCACAAGUCACAGUGUUUGAGCGACCAACUUUCCUCCGGAGACCCAUCAACCAGGUCGUCCUGGAAGAGGAGACAGUGGAGUUUCGCUGCCAGGUACAAGGAGACCCCCAACCCAAUGUGCGCUGGAGGAAAGAUGAUAUCGAUGUUCCCCGUGGGAGGUAUGAGAUCAAGUACGACAAGGACGACUAUGUGCUGAAAGUGAAGAAGGCGUCCAUUAACGACGAGGGCAUGUUCACCUGUGUGGCAGAGAACCGUGUGGGAAAGCUGGAGGCCUCUGCCACGCUCACAGUCAGAGCUCGCCCUGUCGCCGCACCCCAGUUUGUCAUCCGUCCAAGGGACCAAAUUGUGGCUCAGGGCCGCACCGCCACCUUUCCCUGUGAAACCAAAGGAAACCCUCAGCCUGCAGUCUUCUGGCAGAAGGAGGGAAGUCAGAAUUUGCUGUUUCCCAACCAACCCCAGCAGCCCAACAGUCGCUUCUCGGUGUCGCCCAGCGGAGACCUCACCAUCUCAUCUGUGCAGCGGGCAGAUGCUGGUUACUAUAUCUGCCAGGCGCUGACCGUUGCAGGCAGUAUCCUCGCCAAGGCUCAACUGGAGGUCACAGAUGUGCUCACAGACAGACCACCACCAAUUAUUCGCCAAGGCCCGUCCAAUCAGACGCUCGGGGUGGACAGUGUGGCACUGCUGAAGUGCCAGGCAUCGGGAGACCCCAUCCCCUCCAUCAGCUGGUUGAAGGAUGGGGUCAGUCUGCUGGGAAAGGACCCCCGCAUGUCUCUGCAGGAGCUGGGCAGCCUGCAGAUCAAAAACGUUAAGCUUUCAGACUCUGGGAUCUACACAUGUGUAGCUACCAGCUCCAGCGGUGAAACAUCAUGGAGUGCUUUCUUGGAAGUCAAAGAAUCAGGUGGGGUGAUGGUCAUGAAAACUCAUGAUGAGAAUGAGCUUCCAGGCCCUCCAUCUAAACCUCAGGUCACUGAUGUCACAAAGAACAGUGUGUCCUUGUCCUGGCAGCCUGGGAUGGCUGGAGCAUCGCCUGUCUCCUCCUUUGUCAUUGAAGCUUUCAGUCAAUCCGUGAGCAACAGCUGGCAGACAGUAGCAGAUCACGUCAAAACCACCCAGUUUACUGUCAAAGGUCUUCGCCCCAACACCAUCUACCUGUUCAUGGUCCGAGCAGUCAACAGCCAGGGCCUGAGUGAUCCAAGCCCCAUGUCUGAUCCUGUCAGAACACAAGAUAUAAGUCCUCCAGCUCAGGGUGUCGACCACAGGCACGUACAGAAGGAGCUUGGUGAGGUCAUAGUUCGGUUGCACAACCCAGUCGUCCUGAGUCCCACAACCAUUCAGGUCACAUGGACGGUGGAUCGUCAGUCCCAGUUCAUCCAGGGUUACAGAGUUCUGUACAGGCAGACAUCCGGACUGCCUUCACCAGGACCUUGGCAGACCCAGGAUGUGAAGGUCCCCUCUGAGCGCAGUGUCAUCCUCUCUGCACUCAAGAAGGGAAUUGUGUAUGAGAUCAAGGUCCGGCCUUAUUUUAACGAGUUUCAAGGCAUGGACAGUGAAUCCAGGACGGCACGGACAACUGAGGAAGCUCCCAGUGCCCCUCCUCAGCAGGUAACAGUCCUGACCGUGGGAAACCAGAACAGCACUUCCAUUAGCAUCUCCUGGGACCCCCCUCCAUCAGACCACCAGAACGGCAUCAUCCAAGAAUACAAGAUCUGGUGUCUAGGGAAUGAGACGCGUUUCCAUGUAAAUAAGACAGUGGAUGCAGCCAUACGCUCUGUGGUGGUGGGCGGGCUGCAGGUGGGAGUGGUGUAUCGAGUGGAAGUGGCUGCCAGCACAAGUGCAGGGGUCGGAGUCAAGAGUGAUCCUCAGUCUAUUAUAAUCGGUAAGGAGUUCCGGGACGUGAUCAUCCAUGGAAACCGGAACAACAGCAUCACAGAGCAGAUCACUGAUGUGGUGAAGCAGCCUGCUUUCAUCGCCGGUAUUGGAGGGGCCUGCUGGGUCAUCCUCAUGGGCUUCAGCAUUUGGCUCUACUGGAGGAGAAAGAAGAGAAAGGGCCUGAGCAACUACGCAGUUCAGUCCUUCACCUUCACCCCUGCAGUGACAUUCCAGAGAGUUGAUGGCGGUCUGAUGAGCAAUGGAAGCCGGCCAGGACUGUUGAAUGCGGGUGACCCAGGCUACCCCUGGUUAGCGGACUCUUGGCCAGCCACCAGCCUGCCUGUCAACAGCAGCUCCGGGGGACCCAAUGACCUGAGUAACUUUGGCCGAGGAGAUCUCCCUACUGGUCAAGGGGAUAAGACAGGCACCAUGCUCUCUGAUGGAGCCAUCUACAGCAGCAUAGAUUUCACCACCAAAGCCAACUACAACAGCCCUGGCCAAGCAUCCCAGGCCACUCCCUAUGCCACCACUCAGAUUCUCCACUCCAGCAGCAUCCAUGAGCUGGCCGUGGACCUGCCCGAGGCCCAGUGGAAAGCUUCACUCCAGGCCAAGCAAGAGAUGGCCAACCUGGGCUACUCCCUGCCCGACAAGAAUUCCUGCAACAACACCCUCCUUUUCAUUCCUGACUACCGAUUGGCCGAAGGAUUGUCUAAUAGAAUCCCACACAACCAAUCACAAGAUUUCAGCACCACCAGCUCUCACAACAGCUCAGAGCGAAGCGGCAGUCUCUCAGGUGGAAAGGGAGGAAAGAAGAAGAAGACCAAGGCUGGCUCCAAACCCACUAAAGCCAAUGGGUCCAACUGGGCCAAUGUUCCCCUGCCCCCUCCCCCUGUUCACCCUCUCCCUGGCACUGAGAUGGACCAUUAUCCCAAUGAGCACCAUGAAGGAGGAGGGUAUGAGAGUGAUGGCUGGGGCCCCCCCAUGCCCGUCCAGACCUAUCUUCACCAAGGCAUGGAGGAUGAGCUGGAAGAAGAGGAGGAGAGGGUCCCCACCCCGCCCAUCCGAGGAGUUGCCUCCUCUCCGGCUGCUGUGUCCUUUGGACAGCAGUCCACAGCCACCCUUACCCCUUCUCCUCGGGACGAGAUGCAGCCCAUGCUCCAGGCCCAUUUGGAUGAACUGACUAGGGUAUACCAACUGGACAUGGCAAAACAGACAUGGCACAUGCAGGGAGGCUCUCUCCCUCCGCAGGCUCCAGCUCCUCCUGUGGGCUACGUGUCGAGCACAAUGAUCUCUGACCAGGAGACUGAUCUGCCUGAUGAGGAGGAGGAGGAGGACGACGAAGAAGAGGAUGAAGGUUAUGGAGCCAGGCAUCCCCGCGGUAUUGAGCACACACCAGGGUCUAGCAUGGACAACCUGGACAGCUCUUUAACAGGGUCCAUGGUGAAUGGGUGGGGCUCAGCCUCAGAGGAUGAUCGUAAUUUCUCCAGCCAUAGGUCCAGUUUGGGCAGUUCGUCUGAUGGCUCCAUCUUUACCCACUGCAGCUUUGCACAGGCCCUGGUGGCCGCUGCAGACAAGGCAGGCUAUCGCCUGGAUGGCACUAGCCUCAGCAAGAGAGGUAAAGGCUUGUCCCACAGGCCCCGGCCCAGCAGUCCAUUCUCAACAGAUGGCAGCACAGUCGGCACACACAGCUUGGGCCACCAGAGGGCCACUAGGCCCACACGCAAACCCCGAAGCCAGGGCACAGCACCCCACCGGAGAGAUGCUGGUGCAGACGCAGACCUACCUCCUCCCCCUGAGCCUCCUCCCUGUCAGGGACAGGGCCGUAUCCAGGGAGCUCGCAGUGUAAGCAGCAUGGUGCCCCCUACAGACAGGAAGGCUUCUUCUCUGGAGCGUCCGCAUAUGUCAGGACCCCUGUCUGGGCCAGAUGACAUGAAAAGCUCCAUUGACAGACAGACACGAACUUCUCUGGAACAUCAUCGCCAGGCUCAAGACAGGCUGGGCUCCGUGGACCGGGCUGAUGAUGGGCGCAGGGGACACAAAACAGAGGAAGGGUGCCUGCCAUACAGUAAACCAUCGUUCCCCUCCCCUGGUGGACACAGCUCCUCUGGCACAGCCUCCUCUAAGGGCUCGACAGGGCCGCGUAAGACCGAGGGUCCACGACAGCCACAACAGUGGACCGCCACAGAGCAUGCUGAAUUCCUAGGGACCAACGGACAGGGACAGUACUCGGGGGAGUUAUAGUGAUCUGCCUGGGACGUGAACUGGAGAAAACCCAGUCUGUCAAUUUAAGAAUGACGCCCUCCUUGUUGGGGCAACGAACUUUGUCCUUACCUGUGUGUUCUCAGAGGGAAGGAGUGCAGCAGAGGGCACUACAGAGAAAAGCAGUGUCACAGAACUGUAAAUGUGAUGUAUAGACACAGACAUACUGUACAUCUCACUAUGUUUUCGUCCUCAAGAAAAUAUUUUCCACCUCCUACCUUACUGUAAUUUUCUUUUUGUUAGAAAAAGGCAAGUAAAAAAAAAAAAGAAAACAUCUAUAUGAGACAACAAAUUUUCUGGUAAUUGCCCUUGGGGAAAAGGGAAUUUUGUUUCCUGUAAAUAUAUUCUUUAACUUGUUGUUGCAUUGCUAUGCAAGCCUAAUUCAGUUUGAGCUUUUUAUUUCCAUAUACAGGAACAGUUGGUUUUAUCUGGUUAAUUGUAUUAUAUGUGAAUUGAGUGGCUGUUGUGCCAUAAAAUAAUUGUUUUAUAAUCCAUUGUUUGUUAAUAGUUACCAUUAAUUAUUAUCAUUAUUAUUAUUAAUUAUUGUUUUUGCACUGCAAUUUUUGGUGAUAAGCACAAAAACAUAGCUCCUGCUGACAUGAAGAACCGGAAGAAUAUGUGAAGAGGAGUUUCUGUACUGUAAAGUAAAGAGAAGAAAAUUAUAUACUAAUGUACAGAGAGAUAUUAAAGAGUAAGGCUUUGCUCACAGACAGCAACAAAUAAGGCGCCCAUUUCCAUAGUUGAGACUAAUUGGGUGGCAGACACACAAGGUUCCUGAGGGUCUGAAGAACAGAUACAAGGCUGGGAGAACUGUAUGCAGAGGAUACUGUAUUACUGUAGGUGACCGAGUUGAUUAUUUAAUUGCUAAUUAGCUGUUCCACAAUAAUAGUUUGUUGUCAGCUCAACGUGUUGGGCAGCUUUAGGCAUUGUCUUGUUUUCAAAAAGGGAGUGUGUUUUUUUUUUGUUUGUCUUUCUUUCUUUUCUUUUUUUUAAUUUCUACACAAGGGUCUCCAAGCAUUUCAAUUUUAUUUUUCCUUUGUGAUUUACUGCCUAAAUAAUUUUACCACGCUAAGUUUACGCUCCUCAUUCAGCAUAACAGUGCACUAACCAUAAAACAGUCAAAAGGAAAGAGGAGUCAGUGAAAUCUGUCCUCAUGCUGUAGUUCAGUCAGAGCACUUACAGAGACAGGUUUAUGAUUCUUCUAAGGCCUUAACUGGUAAGCAGACAUCAAACACAGAGGAGUAUUUAUUGUAAUCAGUAACAAUUAUACUCCCAAACCUACUUAAAAUAUCAGUGGAGCAAUAUAAUUUGUUUACAUCUUUUAUGUUUUGUUUUUUUUUGUCUUUUAUUUCCAUCCAUUUUUAAUAUUGUUUGCUUUUUAGAGCACUUACUGUUUUAUGUUUAUUAUAUUAUACUGUAUAUGGUACAGUGUCAUCCAAGAAAACAACACAUUGACCUGUUUGGUCCAGCUAAAGUGCUGUUAAAUUAGGUGAUCUAUUAAAGCAGUCGUUGCUCUAAAGCUUGGUGCCUCAGUUACAGUGCAUUAUGAUCAGCACAGUCUGGUGUCAGUAACUUUGAGAAGAAAUGGUGUGUGCACGAUUUACAAUGUAGCUUUGAGUCAGUGUUUGAUCCCAAACAGUAUGGAGAAAAGCCUUGUAUAUUAACUAGCAGGUCCUACUGCUUCAAGUCCACAGCCACAGUGUGGAUCAGAACACUUUCUAUUUGCCUGACCGCCACAAAACACACACACACACACACACACACACACUUAUCAUCUGCCGCUUUCGACUUCUCAGCCUCUGAUUCUCGAUUUUCGUCUUUCCAGACAAUGUUUUUAUUGGUUGUCCUUUUUUAAUGAAAAGCUUGUUUCUUUGUAUGCCUUUUAUGGACUCCAAAUCGCUGAUUACAACAAUGUUUUCAAUAUUAAUGUUCAGGAUUUUUGUGGUUCAAUGACUGUUUGUUUUGUCUUUUUUUGUACUGCUAAUGUUGAUAAAAGGGGGUGGAAACUAAAGGCCGUCAGAUGCUGUUGUACUGUUGUUGUCAUGUCAUCGUCAUUUUCUAUCAUCCACCCAGUGGCCAGUGUUCUGGAAAUGAGGUGCAAGAGUAUCUCAGGUUAUUUUACAUUCUGGUGGUGUUUAUGUAUGUGUAUAUAUGUGUAUAUAUCCAUAUACAUCUCCACUUGAUUAUGCCAUUCCAUUUUCAUUGACAAAAAUAUCCCUCUCAUGUCCAAUUCUUUCGUCCCCUCUUUUCUUUUCUGCUGUGGAUUUUGAUUCUGAGUAUAAUGUGCUGGUUCAUCCACCUAAAGACAAGAUGUCAGUAAAAGAACAUACCAAAUUAAGAUUGAUAUUUCUAAUGUCUAAUUCGUUCUAGUGUCUCUUUAAUACUCAUUGUUUUCUUUUCAAUCACAGUGUCGUUUUGUAUUUAUUAAAAUGAUAAUAAAAGUAUAUUGUGAAAUAUGCAUAAAGAUU